AUGGCUGCGCAUACGAACAAAAACAACAGUCGCAUUGCAUUAAUUACUGGCGGCACCAAAGGAAUUGGCUUUGAAGUAGCAAGACAAUUAGCUGAGAAAGGUAUUGAAGUACUAAUUGGUUCUCGAGAUGAAAUCAAAGGUGAAAUAGCUGCUGAAAAACUAGCAUCUGAAAAUCUUCCAGUUACUUAUAUACUGAUUGAUGUUACUAAUCAAGCAACAAUUGAUUUAGCUGUUACAGAAGUUGAAAAUGCAUAUGGUCGUUUAGAUAUUCUUAUUAAUAAUAGUAGCGUCUGUUUAAACGAACCACAUCCAACUGAAUUAACAUUAGAUAUUAUUCGAACAAAUUUUGAAGUCAAUUUUUUUGGUGCAUUUGCUGUAACAAAAGCAUUUUUACCAUUACUUCGUCAAUCAUCAGUAGGACAUAUUAUUAAUGUUUCAAGUGAUCUUGGUUCAUUUUAUUUUCAUGAAAAAAGUAGAGAACCAAGUUUUCAUUGUGCAUAUAGUGCUUCAAAAGCUGCACUCAAUAUGUUUACACUUCAAUUGGCUAAAGAUUUAAAAGAAACAAGAAUAAAAGUAAAUGCAUGUAUACCUGGUAGUUUAACAGCUACCAAUUUAAAAACUCAUCAUGGUCAUUCAAUUGAAGUUGCUACGAAAUCAAUUGUUUUCUUGGCUACAUUAUCUGACGAGGGACCAACUGGAAAAUUUUUUGGAGAAGAUUGUGAAGAAGAUAAAUGGUAG